CAUUACUGACUCAAACCAGUUUGGCUCAAGCCCAAGUGCCAUGUCGUUCUGGAUAGUCUCAAGAAGUCGUUAUGUCCCUCGAAGCGUCGAUCAAGAACUGCGGCCAGACAAAACAAUGGAGCGCCGCACUGCGGAUGCUCCGCGAAGGAAUUCAAUUUGGUUUGCAACUCGUCCCAAGCCACUAUGUUGCGAUUGUCAGCGCCUGCAGAAAAGGCGGGCAAUGGCAACACGCAUUGUCAGUGUUCAGUGAGAUGUUGGAGGCGAAGCUGGAGCCCGACCGAGAUGCGGGAGGGGAAGCUGGAGCCCGACGUCAUCCGUACUGCAAUUCCGGGCGCAGCGCCCUCUCUCCUACAACGCUGGGAUCAGCGCGUGCGAGAAAGGCGAGCAGUGGCAGCGGGCCGCGUGCGAGAAGGGCGAGCAGUGGCAGCGGGCGCUGGCGCUGCUGAGCGAGAUGUGGGAGGCGAAGCUGGAGCCCGACGUCAUCUUCUCUCCUACAACGCUGGGAUCAGCGCGUGCGAGAAGGGCCAGCAGUGGCAGCGGGCUCUAGGACUGCUUAGCGAGAUGCGUCAGGUGAGGGUCGAGCCUACCUUUAUCAGUUACAACGCUGGGAUCAGCUCGUGCGAGAAAUGCAAGCAGUGGCAGCGGGCUCUAGGACUGCUCAGCGAGAUGCGUGAGGUGAAGCUCGAGCCCAACUUUAUCUAUACUACAGUCUACAAUGCUGGGAUCAGCGCGUGCGAGAAGGGCGGGCAGUGGCAGCCGGCGCUUGCGCUGCUGAGCGAGAUCUGGGAGGCAAAGUUGCCCGACGUCAUCAGCUACAACGCUGGGAUCAGCGCGUGCGAGAAGGGAGAGCAGUGGGAGCUGGCUCUGGCGCUGCUGAGCGAGAUGCGGGAGGCGAAGCUAGAGCCCGACGUCAUCAGCUACAGCGCAGGGAUCAGCGCGUGCGAGAAGGGCGGAAAGUGGCAGGCGGCGCUGGCGCUGCUGAGCGAGAUGCGGGAGGCGAAGCUGGAGCCCAACGCCAUCAGCUACAGCGCUGGAAUCAGCGCGUGCGAAAAGGGCGAGCAGUGGCAGCCGGCGCUUGCGCUGCUGAGCGAGAUGUGGGAGGCGAAACUGAAGCGCGACGUCAUCAGCUACAGCGCUGGGAUCAGCGCCUGCGAGAAAGGCGAGCAGUGGCAGCGGGCGCUGGCACUGCUGAGCGAGAUGCGGGAGGCGAAGCUGGAGCCCAACGCCAUCAGCUACAGCGCUGGGAUCAGUGCCUGCGAGAAAGGCGAUCAGUGGCAGCGGGCGCUGGCACUGCUGAGCGAGAUGUGGAAGGCGAAGCUGAAGCCCGACGUCAUCAGCUACAGCGCUGGGAUCAGCGCCUGCGAGAAAGGCGAGCAGUGGCAGCGGGCGCUGGCACUGCUGAGCGAGAUGCGGGAGGCGAAGCUGGAGCCCAACGCCAUCAGCUACAGCGCUGGGAUCAGUGCCUGCGAGAAAGGCGAGCAGUGGCAGCGGGCGCUGGCACUGCUGAGCGAGAUGCGAGCAGUGGCAGCGGGCGCUGGCACUGCUGAGCGAGAUGUGGGAGGCGAAGCUGAAGCCCGACGUCAUCAGCUACAGCGCUGGAAUCAACGCGUGCGAGAAGGGUGGGCAAUGGCAACAGGCGCUGAGCAUGCUCAGAACCAUUCGUUUGAGAAAGUUGGACGUUGGCUUCACGGUCUACGGAAUUACAGCCAGCAUGUGCGAGCAAGGCGGGCAGUGGAGCCAAGUGCUGUCUUUAUUCAGGAAGGUGCGUGACCUAGUUACAGGGGAAUGAUACAAUACAUGCCGUGCUCGAUACAUUUGUUCUGUGCAGUUGUAUCGCUAGGACCAGCGCGUGGGAGACGUGCGAGCAAUGGCUGAUGGCUGUGGCGCUGCUCAGCGAGGUGCGGGAGGCGAAGCCGGAGCCAUGAAACCAACACGUUUGUUGUGGCGAUGCGUGGGAUUCGUGUUGCAUCGCCGGUGGCGGCUUCUACAGCAAAAGCCAUUGCACUUGAUGACGCGCCAACUUUUCUGCACAAUUUAGGAGGGAAAGAAACACACAGAGACAAUUAAUCGUCGAGUCCCAGGAAA